CCGGGCUCCGGAAGCAGCGCUCCCCUCCCACUCCCCGCGCUUCCGGCCGGGCCCGCGCCCCCCAGACGCCGAGAGCCCGCAGCCCCGGCCUGGCGGCGAUGGCGCGGCGUGUGCGUGUGCUGGUGGACAUGGACGGCGUCCUGGCCGACUUCGAGGCCGGCCUUCUGCGGGGCUUCCGCCGCCGCUUCCCUGAGGAGCCGCACGUGCCGCUGGAGCAGCGCCGCGGCUUCCUGGCCCGCGAGCAGUACCGCGCCCUGCGGCCCGACCUGGCGGAUAAAGUGGCCAGUGUGUACGAAGCCCCGGGCUUUUUCCUGGACCUGGAGCCCAUCCCGGGGGCCUUGGACGCUGUGCGGGAGAUGAACGACCUACCCGACACGGAGGUCUUCAUCUGCACCAGCCCCCUGCUGAAGUACGACCACUGUGUGGGUGAGAAGUACCGCUGGGUGGAGCAGCACCUGGGGCCCCGGUUCGUAGAACGAAUUAUCCUGACAAGGGACAAGACGGUGGUCUUGGGGGACCUGCUCAUUGAUGACAAGGACACAAUUCGAGGCGAGGAGGAGACCCCGCGCUGGGAGCACAUCUUGUUCACCUGCUGUCACAAUCGGCACCUGGUCCUGCCCCCGACAAAGAGACGGUUGCUCUCCUGGAGUGACAACUGGAGGGAGAUCUUAGACAGCAAGCGAGGAGUCGCGCAGCGGGAAUGAGCGGGGAUGCCGCGGGCAGCAGCUGGAGCUGAAGGAAGGGCAGGGGCCACCACAGAGCCGAGUCAGGGCGGCAUCGUGCUGGUGCCUCUGGCCCUGUGGAGUGGAGCAGGCAGAUACCGUUAAGCGCUGUGCUGCCGGGCCCCGGGCCCAGCCACCCGGUACCUCCCGAGAGGCUGCCGCUGGCCCCUGGCUUGCAUGGAAAUAGUGGGAAAACCAGUUGGAACUCUUUAAUAAAAGACCUUGGCUUUCUAG